GCUUAGACUCACUUAGUUCUUGGGACAAAAUGGCUACCAUCUCAAGCAGAUUGUCUCUAAUGAGCGAGUGGCAGAGGAGUUUGAGUGAAAACGACGGAGUGGCAUGGGUGAACUGCAGAACAAUAGGGGAGAAGACGAUAGAAGGUGAAUUGAGGUCACAUGGGGUCAAUGACCUUGGAACACCAGAGGUCACCGUGUCAGAAGGGUUUACUGUGUCUGAUGCAACAAAGAGGAAGAUCACCGUGACGUGUCCUGAGAAGAAUGUAUCGGCCCAGUUUGUAGCCCCUAGCACCGAACUGGAAAGUAUCCAUGAUAAGAGUAUUCACAGUUUAGACAUCUCCUCAGGGGGUGCCUUAGGAGUAUCAGCAAGCUCUGAUGGUCGUCUUAGAAUAUGGGAAACAUCAACAGGAAUUGUGAGGAGGGAGCUAGAGGGCCAUGCUGGAGAAGUGGAGACAUGUCGGUUCUUCCCGUCGGGUGUGGUCGUCUUGAGUGGAGGACUGGACACUCAGCUGAAGAUAUGGUCAGUGGAAGACGGGAGCUGUCCGGUAACUCUCAGGGGUCACAAACGAGGUAUUCAAGACACCGCCAUUGUGGACAAAGGACGGAACAUCGUCUCCUGUUCCUUGGACGGGUCAGCAAGGUUAUGGGACUGUGGCCAGUCGCAGUGUCUCGGGGUCAUAGGUCAAGGGUCGGAUGCAAUCAAUGGCUGUUCUAUAGCCCCAGUCUGCGAUGGAGUAGACCUUGGCACUCCGGAGAAUCCCUCAUCUGAUCGAGAAGUUGGCACUGAUGACAAGCUUUUACUUCUAGCGAGGGAAGGGGGCAGUCUGGAAGGUUAUGGCUUAAAAAGUAGACAGAAGGUAUUCAAUGUCGCUGGUUCCUCUCCUUUUAACUGUUGUACAUUCCUCUCAUCACAAACCUUGGCCGGAGGAGCAGACGAUGGAACUAUCUAUCUCAUUGAUGUCAGGAACACAAGUGAGCCACAGUCUGUUAUUCACCAGUCUGCGUCCCCAGUGAAGUGCAUUAUGGGAUAUCAAGAUGGAUUCAUUGCCGGCACAAGUAAGUUUAUAGAUGAUAUUGUAUGAUACCAAGUAUCAAAGCGCAGUUGAGUAUAUGCACAUAGUAACUGCGCUAUAUAAAUGGACAUAUUGUUAUAAAAGGACACAUUAUUAUAUUGUUGAAGAUUUAACCCAGUCUGUUGUGAAGUUAAUUUUGAUCGGAAGCAGAAUUAUAUUUGAAAAAAAAAUAUGAUAAAUGAAUAUAUUAAAACUGGGGACAGAGCCCCGCAAAGCUUUUGGCAGGUGUUUGCCCCUUGAUGCACACUGAAUCCAGUGGCGGAAUGGUUGAGGGUGAUCUAUGUGGCCCGUAUUCUGAAGACGGGUUUAACUUAAACUCAGGUUUAAAGUUGUGGUUAAAGUAUUGAAAGCCAGUUGUUCCAUAAAUCACUAACAGUAGAGAUUUAAUAUUUCACCUCAUUUGGCUCUCAAAUCAUUAAUAGUUGUGUUGGAAGUAUUGAUGGAUUUUUCGAUGAAUCAGGAAAGAGCACAGUAAACAUAAGAAACAUACAACUGAAUAAAAAUUUUGACACUUUUGGCUUCCCAUAAUGUUAGCGCAGGGUUAGACCAUGGUCUAAGUUAAACCUGACUUUAGAAUGUGAGGUGAAUGCGGCCAACCUGUUGUCAUUAAAACCUAGAUGACUGACUGACUGGCUUUUCUAUGUGGCUCUUGCUUUAUUUAAUUUUAUCUGAAGAAUUUUCGAACAGGAUGUGGUAUAAAACAUUUAUUAACCACAUCAUUUUAAGGUCAGGUUAAAUCAGCUGUCGUAUCCUGGAGAAAUAGUAACAGAGUUUUCAAAUGCUCGGGUGCUUACUGCAGUAUAUAAUUAUUUGCCCCCCCCCCUCCCUUAAAGGAGUCAACAUUUAUGUGGUUUGAAAUUUUAUUGUGUGCAAUACAGGAAAUCUGCUCUUGAUUUACAUGUGAUAUUUCCUUCUAAUUGACCUCAAGGCCGUCUAAUAUUACAAAAUAUAUAUACCGUCCUCAAAAUAUGGAAAGGGUCAUUCUGUGCAAGGCCAAAAGGAUGUUGCCUCUUGUAGUAGCUGUCACAUGGCCAACUGGCAUUGUGUUUCAAAACUAAAACAAACCAAACCACUUUAAAUGCUCACGUUCUGCUUCAUAUCCAGACAUCUUGAGAGUCGUCUCAAGAACUGUGUUUUGAUCCUUGAUUAUGUCAAAGUACUUUUAUGUUGAAGUAACACUACCGCGUAAUAUGAAAUUACCUAAGAACUUGCCUUUGUGAAAGAAAUUUUUGCACUAAUUAUGAAUUAUGAAUUAAUUGCUUUUAGGGUUUAUUGGAAGCUGUUGAAUAAUAAUGAUAAUAAUGAUGAUGAUAAUAAUAAUGAUAAUAACAGUAAUAAAAAAAAAUAAUAG